AUGGUCCCCUGGGAUAGUUUGAUUCGCUUUGCGGGUGAGGACUCAGCCGAGUACUGGGCUGCGCUGGCUAUGGAUGAAAUGCCCAAGGUUGGUCUGCAAUUGGAAGGAUUUGCCAGCAUCGAGGACUUAGAGAGCAAUAAGGGCGCAAAGAAAGUUACCGUGAAGAAGUUACUUGCACCGACGCCAAACCAGACGGACCCUAUAUACUGUAUCGGAUUGAACUACCGAAAUCAUGCCGAGGAGGCCGGGUUGACCAUUCCAGCGAACCCACCAAUGUGGUACAAGCCAGCAGCAGCUCUAUCCAACCCCGAUGAGGAUGUCCCCUUUCCACUCUGCACGCAAAGCAAUUUCCCCGAUUAUGAGGGCGAGCUUACAGUAAUCUUAAGGGGCCCCAUAAAAACCAUCUCCAAAGCCGAUGCCGCUCCCUCAAUCUUGGGCUACACAGUUGGGAACGACCUCACAGCGCGCCUUUUCCAAGACCCGAAGAGAUCUGGUGGCCAGUACACGUUUGCCAAGGCAUUCGACAAAUUCGCACCUUUGGGGCCUCGCCUUGUUCACCCUUCAAAGUUCAAGCCCGGCGAGGCAACGGUUACGACAAGGUUGAAUGGGAAAGUCAUGCAAAACAGCCCGCUUGACUUCAUCGUUUCUGUAGAGGAUCUUGUGCAUUUCCUUGCCCAAGGCACAACCGUCCCGUAUGGAUCGGCAAUCAUGACUGGCACUGCUGCUGGAGUUGGAUGGUUCCACAAACCUCAAGUUUCCUUGAAGGACGGAGAUGUGGUGGAGGUUGAAAUUCAACCUAUUGGAAUCUUGAAGAAUAAGAUUGUCUUUGAGAAGUGA